UGAGUUAUCAAGCAGCUGCAGGACAUUUAUUCACCAAAUCUGCUAGGCGCAUCAGGCGCGUCCAAGCCCUGGGAGCACUGACACCCGCGCACACCUGGCUUGGUCACGAGUACCUGGGCGGUGCCGUGCCCAGCCCAGCCCAAGCGCAGGAGCCGCCGCCACCGCCACAGCUCAGGUGUCGGGAAUUGAGAAAUACCAGCAAGGAGGUGGGAAGUACAAAUGGUAAUGAUGCUGAGCAAACAAUAAAAAGCAGAACAGGAAAAUCUAAUAAGCUUGAAUUGGGCGAGGAAAGAAGGAGGAAAGAAGGAGAAAGCAUUCAGAUCAGCUGUUCCCCAGGUCAGCUCUUCCAGGGCACACAAGAUUUACUUACACAGAAAAUGUUAAUGGCUCACAGUGUGAGAUUCAAUUCUCCUGCCACUGGAGAUUCAUGUCGCUGCACCAUGAAAAGCAAGUAUUUCGCAUUUCUUCCAGUGUCCUGUGCCCGGUGCCCACGGAACGCCCACUGUGUCAAUGCCACUGCCUGCCUCUGUGAUCCUGGAUUUGCUUCUUUGUCUGGAGAGGCCAUCUUUAGCAACCCCUCAGAAGUCUGUACAGAUAUUGACGAGUGUGGCCCACCUUCCUACAUUUCUUGCGGAAGGCAUGCAGAUUGUCACAAUGUGGAAGGAAGCCACUACUGCAAGUGCAGCUCUGGGUACAAACUCCUUUCAGGGGGCACAAAAUUCAAAAGUGAGAAGGAGAAUACUUGCCAAGAGGGGAAGGCUGAGCUGGGAUGGGGGAUGACCCUCUUUUUAAUAUCUCCAGAUGUGGAUGAAUGCAGUUCUGGACAACACCAAUGCCACAAUUCUACCCAUUGCAUCAACGUCAUGGGGAGCUACCAAUGCCAUUGUCAUCGUGGCUGGGUGGCCAAGUCCAGGCAUCUGAAUGGCCUAAUCUCCACCGUCUGUGAAGAGAUCCCCUUCUCGUCAUGGACACCACCUUCUGGAGUCAACAGCCAGAGCCUCUCACACUUCUUUGACAAAGUCCAGCAGUUUUCCCAAAACUUCACACCAGCCUUGGCCAAGAACAUCAUCCAGGGUCUCAUGCAGGCAGUGGAUGAGCUACUGGAGACCUCCAGAGACCUGGAGACCCUGCCCCACUCACAGCAGCACUGUGUGGCCACUCACCUGCUUGAUGGCCUGGAGGAUGUUCUGAGAGGCAUGAGCAAGACCCUUCCUGAUGGGCUGCUGACCUUCAAUUAUUCUGGAGGCACAGAACUGUCCCUGGAGGUGCAAGAGAAAGGAAUCGGGAAUGUCAUCUUGGACCAGAGUUACGCAAAGAUGCAGCUCAACUGGGCUGUGUCCCAGGCAUCUGAUGACUUGGGCCCUUCUGUGGUGGGCCUUGUGUCCACUCCAGGGAUGGGUAAGUUGCUGGCUGAGGCCCCCCUGCUUCUGGAGCCUGAGAAGCAGGCAGCUCCACAUGAAAUACACAAGGGCUUGCUGCUCUCAGAUGUCAACUCUGCCUUUCUGAGCAACAAGAACACCCAAAACCUCAGUAUCCCAGUCACCUUCACCUUCUCCCACCGUCCAGUGAUCCCUGGGCCAAGGCAAAAAGUGUUCUGUGUCUUCUGGGAGCAUGGCCAGAAUGGAUGUGGUCAUUGGGCCACCACAGGCUGCAGGAUGGUGGACACCAGAGACAGCAGCACCACCUGCCACUGCACCCACCUCAGCAGCUUUGCGGUCCUCAUGGCCUACUCUGAUGUGCAGGAGGAGGAUCCUGUGCUGACCAUCAUCACCUACAUGGGGCUGGGCCUCUCCCUGCUGUGCCUCCUCCUGGCAGCCCUCACCUUCCUCCUGUGCAAAGCCAUCCAGAACACCAGCACCUCACUGCACCUGCAGCUCUCGCUCUGUCUCUUCCUGGCCCACCUCCUCUUCCUCACGGCAAUCGACAGAACUGAGCUUAAGGUGCUGUGCGCCACCAUUGCCGGUGCCUUACACUACCUCUACCUGGCCUCCUUCACCUGGAUGCUGCUGGAGGGCCUGCACCUUUUCCUUACCGCUCGGAACCUGAUGGUGGUCAACUACUCAAGCAUGAACAGACUCGUGAAGAAGCUCAUGUUCCCAGUCGGCUACGGAGUCCCCACUGUGAUUGUGGCCAUUUCUGCAGUAUCCAGGCCUCACCUUUAUGGAACCCCUACCCGAUGCUGGCUCCACACACACAAAGGAUUUAUAUGGACCUUCCUUGGACCUGUCUGCGCCAUCUUCUCUAUUAACUUGGUUUUACUUCUGAUGACCUUCUGGAUUGUGAAAAGCAAGCUCUCCUCACUCAACAGUGAUAUGUCCACCCUCCAGAACACAAGGAUGCUGACAUUUAAAGCGACAGCUCAGCUCUUCAUCCUGGGCUGCACGUGGUGUCUGGGCCUCCUGCAGGUGGGCCCGGCCGCCCGGCUCAUGGCCUACCUCUUCACCAUCAUCAACUCCCUGCAGGGAUUCUUCAUCUUCCUGGUCUACUGCCUCCUCAGCCAGCAGGUCCGUGAGCAAUAUGGGACAUGGUUCAAAGGGAUCAGGAAACUGAGAGCUGAGUCUGAGGUGUACACAUUCUCCAGCAGGGCCAUGUCAGAUGCCUCCAAACCCAGCACGGUAAGAUCACGCAUCACUCCUAGAGCACUUUGCUGA